ACUGUCUGUUUCCUAAACUGGGAAACAGUAGACGGAUAGCUAGCACAACGAAUUAGCGCCAUGCAAGAAAUUAUGUUGAAAUAGCUUUUCCAGAGGAUAUGAAUGUAAUCAAUCGCAAGUAUAAUAAGAUUGUUAUUUGUCAAUCAUAUUGGUAAAUGCAUGAAUGUGUCAAAGCGAAGUGUAGCCAGUACUCCCCGUACAUUUUUGCUUGCUAGCGAAUCAGCUAGCUAGUCUCAGCUAGCUUUAGUUGGUCCGCCUACGAUGACAAAUUUCAACAGAAAUACAAUAAAUAAAGCCUCUGCAUGGCGAGCUAGCAGCAGCAGAAGUGACUCUCCCUAGAGCAGGCAGAGAGCAGUGGUGUGGCCCCGGCCUGUACAGGAGGAGAACCAUGGCCUCUCGUCAUCAAAGGAACUCUGUGCGGAUCCUGUCCACCCGGGAGCGCGGCUCGCAGGCCUUUGGCUCCCAGCGCCUCCUGCAGCAGAUGGUGGAGGAGAAGGUCCGCUGGAUGAAAUGGCAGAGUCAGAAAGUAGAGCUGCCAGAUAGCCCUCGCUCCACGUUCCUGUUGGCCUUCAGCCCAGACCGGACCCUCAUGGCUUCCACUCACGUCAACCACAACAUCUACAUCACGGAGGUGAAGACUGGAAAGUGCCUGCAUUCGCUGGUGGGCCACCGCCGCACACCCUGGUGUGUGACCUUUCACCCCACCAUCCCCGGCCUGGUGGCCUCCGGGUGCCUUGACGGAGAGGUCCGCAUCUGGGACCUGCAUGGUGGCAGUGAGAGCUGGUUCACAGAGAGCAACGUUGCCAUUGCCUCGCUUACCUUUCACCCCACCGCCCAGCUCCUCCUCAUCGCCACCAACAAUGAGCUACACUUCUGGGACUGGAGUCGGCCCGAGCCCUUCGCCGUGGUGAAAACCGGCAGCGAGACUGAAAGAGUCAGAUUGGUGAGGUUUGAUCCUUUGGGGCACAAUCUUCUGACGGCUAUUGUGAACCCCUCCAACCAGCAGAAUGAUGAUGACUCCGAGGUCCCCAUGGACAGUGUGGAGAUGCCCCACUUCCGCCAGCGCUCCUUCCUGCCCUCCCAGCCUGUACGUCGCACACCAAUCCUCCACAACUUCCUGCACAUCCUGUCAUCGCGCUCGUCCGGUGCGCAGGCUGGGGGUGAUGUGUCCCGCCCUGGCGGGGAGGGCAGCGGCGAGCCCCCCAGUAUGCCUUUGGGCCAGUACCCAGCCUCGCAGGACCGUGGACUGCCCUACCCAGGUUGCACCCAGCACCUGGGCAUGGUGUGCCUCUGCAGCCGCUGCAUGGCCAACCGCAGCCCCUCUCUGGGGGAGAGUCCCUCCACCUCCAGGCCUGUUGUCCACCCCGAGCUUCCCCAGGUGGCCUCUCAGCCAGCCCCCCACGCCUCCACCUUUUCGGCCCGUACGGAGCCCCGGCAGCCUUCAGAGCCCACUGGAGCCCAGCAGCGGCCCUCGGCCUUCACCACAGUCUACUACAGUGCCGGCAGCUCCCUGCACCGCGCCGUGCCUACCACCCACGUGGCCAGCCAGCCCCUGAGCCAGCAGCUGUUGCCCCCGCCCACCAUCCACCAACACCAACCCCCAUCCCGCCCUCUGCCCGGACCUGACUGGACACGCAGCCUGCUAAACAUGAGAAGCUCAGAGAGCGGGGUCGGAAGUGGGGGGAGCAGUGGAGGGGGUAUGGGUGGUGUUGGGGGUGGGAUGCUGCCCCCCCGGACCAGCUCGUCCUCUGUCAGCCUGCUGUCAGUGCUGCGGCAGCAAGACGGCUCCUCCCAGUCCCCCGUCUACACCUCCGCCACCGAGGGACGAGGCUUCCCCCCGCAGCCGGGAGCCGAACUUGGCUCCAGCCCUGUGGCCAAUCAGAGAGGAGGAAGUGGUGGUGGAGGAGGAGGGGUGGGCUCCAGCAGUGGGCACCACCCUUUCUGGGAUGGCACGCGCAGCAACCCGGCCUCGUUCCGCAAUGUGCUCCAGUGCAAUCUUAGCCGCUACUUCAUGGAGUUCGACCGCAUGCAGGACCUGGAGUUACCGCUGGGGGCCGCCAGCGUGGAUGUCGGGGGAGGGGAGGGCGGCCAGGAGCAGAUGCAGGAGCUGCUCAACAACAACAUAGACCCAGAGAGACCCGGGCCCUCCGUGUCCUCCCACUACCAGCCCCAGCCACCCCCACCUGCCCCUACUGAGAACAACCCCCCUCCCUUCUCUAGCGCCGCCCACUCCUCCCGAGGCCACCUGAACCGCUGCCGGGCCUGCCACAACCUGCUCACCUUCAACCACGACUCCCAACGCUGGGAGCGCACCAGCCCAGCCUCCUCCACCUCCGCUGUCUCCACGCAGGAGGGCUCCAGCUCUCCCUGGCGGCAGCCCCCCAGCCCUGCCUAUGAGGAGCCCCAUGCAUCAUCACGGAGCCGGGAUCCACACCCCCAUCCCCAAGAGAGGGAGAGGAGGGUAGCCCAACCCCCUGAGCCCAGCGAGCUACAGCCCUCCCCAGGCCCUCACGUUGCGGCCAUGCCCUUCCCCACCAUUGCGUCGUCCUCUGCCCAGCCCGGGGAGCAGACAGUGGGCCUGGUGUUCAACCAGGAGACAGGCCAGUGGGAGCGCGUCUAUCGCCAGGCCACCUCCAGUCGCUCUGCCGACGCACCACCAGAGGCCUUAAGCCAGGAAAUGCCUGUGGAUAACCCGGAUGAGGAUUCUCUGAGAAGAAGGCUGUUGGAGUCCUCCCUCCUCUCUCUCUCCCGCUACGACAUGGGAGGAUCCCGAGAACACCCUAUCUACCCAGACCCCGCCAGGUUGUCCCCGGCUGCGUACUAUGCCCAGAGGAUGAUCCAGUACCUGUCAAGGCGGGAUAGUAUUCGCCAGCGCUCGCUGCGCUACCAGCAGAACCGGCUGAGGACACUCUCCUCCUCGUCGGACAGCCCUGCCGGCAACCCCUCGGCCGCCAUUGAGAACAGCGACGUGGACUUUGAGGAGCUAGAUGAUAACGGCGACAGGACGAGGCACAGAACACCGCGCAAUGCCAGGAUGUCUGCUCCUUCGCUGGGGCGCUUCGUUCCCCGGCGCUUCCUGUUGCCUGAGUAUCUGCCCUACGCUGGGAUCUUCCACGAGAGGGGACAGCCUGGCCUUGCCACUCACUCCUCUGUCAACAGGGUCUUAGCAGGUGCCUCCAUCGGGGACGGCCAGUCGGCGGUGGCUAGUAACAUAGCCAACACCACCUACCGGCUGCAGUGGUGGGACUUCACCAAAUUCGACCUGCCUGAGAUCAGCAACGCCUCUGUGAAUGUGCUGGUGCCAAACUGUAAGAUAUACAACGACGCCAGUUGUGACAUCUCAGCGGACGGGCAGCUCCUGGCCGUGUUCAUACCCAGCAGCCAGCGGGGCUUCCCUGACGAGGGCAUCCUGGCCGUGUACUCCCUGGCCCCUCACAACCUGGGGGAGAUGCUCUACACCAAGAGAUUUGGUCCCAAUGCCAUCUCGGUGAGCCUGUCUCCCAUGGGCUGCUACGUGAUGGUGGGCCUAGCAUCUCGCAGGAUCCUGCUACAUCCCUCCACUGACCACAUGGUGGCGCAAGUGUUCCGGCUGCAGCAGCCCCACGGCGGCGAGACCUCCAUCAGGAUGGUGUUUAAUGUGGUGUACCCCAUGGCUCCGGACCAGCGGCGGCACGUCAGCAUCAAUUCAGCCAGAUGGCUUCCAGACCCGGGGAUGGGCCUGGCCUACGGGACCAACAAAGGGGACUUGGUCAUCUGCAGGCCCGUGUUGUACCGGAGUGACGGAGAGAGCCCGGCUGAAGCGAGCACCGAGCCCAUAUUCACAGUCAACAACAGCGGUGGUGGAACCAGCAGGACCCGCGGUACAGAUAGACCAGGGGCCCCCAGUCGCUCCAGCUGGAGACUUGACAGAGACAUGGGUCUGAUGAACGCCAUUGGCCUCCAGCCCCGACACCCCGCCCCCUCGGUGACCUCACAGGGCACUCAGACGCACAUGGUGCAGCUGCAGAACGCCGAGACGCAGACAGAGAUGGACCUCUACGGGCCCAGCACCUCCCACGCUGCUGCUUAUGUAGAAGCCCGUCAAGAGGUCCCGUCCACAAGCCGUGAGACCCAGGGAGGUCUGGAGCAGCCACAAACCAGGCGGACCGAGGCCAGUACCAUGGGGGACUCUUCAACAGAAGCCGGCACCUCCACAGCCAACACCGGCGAGGCUCCAGAGUAUGCCCCGGGAGAGGACGCCCUGGCGCGGAUCCGCCGGCUCAUCGCUGAGGGCGGCAUGACGGCGGUGGUCCAGCGGGAGCAGAGCACCACCAUGGCCUCCAUGGGCGGCUUCGGCAACAACAUUAUCGUCAGCCAUCGCAUCCACCGCGGCUCCCAGACCCGGACCGGCGCCGCAGCCUGGCGGCCCAGCAACAGUGACCCCAACAUGCCCGUCCCCGGCCACUCUACAGCCUCCAUUUCCACCUCCUCCGCCUGCCCCCUCACUAUCACCCAGCCACAGCCUUCCCAGACCUUGCAUCUCAGCCUGGAGAACUCGUCCGCUCCCACAGAACCAGGCCCGGUGUGGGGGCUGCCCUUUGUCUCCCAACCACAACCCCCCAGCCUUGCUUCAGGUGCGGGGGCCGGGCUCUCAGUGGCCAUGGACAUCGACAACGUGUUUGAAGUAGCCAGCCGAAUGGACAAUUCUGAGCCAGGCCCCUCUUCCUCCCUGAUCUUCUCCUCAUCCUCCUCCUCUCGCAGGUCCUACCCUCCCAGCAGUGGCACAAACGGCAACGAUAACAACAGCAGCAGCAGAGAUAGUUACCCAGGUGACCCUUACAGCAGGUAGAGUGUGAUUUGACCAUUAUUGCCCAGGAGUGGGAGAGAAUCCCCCAGAGCAGACAGUGGGUGACUGAUGCUAGUGACGAUGCUUUGGGCCGAGAGAAGGUGUAUCAGGAACCCUAAUGGAACUCAGUGUGGCCCUGUCUAACAGGUGCGCUUCUCCUCAAAGCCUUAUCUCACAAUAAAUGGGUUCUCAGACUCUGCAGAGUCUCCAGCCCCGAACAGAAGGGACAUGAGGCCCCCCCCCCCCCCCAUCAGCUUCAGUGGCAUUGUGGCCCCCUCUGCAUUGGUGUGCACUUACAUUUGCACUUAAAAUGGACCUUAGCUGUAUGAUCAUUCCAUGUCAGAAAGGGCUUUUACUUGAAUUGUGAGUUUUUUUCAGUCCUCUUCGCAUAGGCGUGACCGAUAGACAAGGUUACUCCAUUCAAAGUGCCAUGUAAGGGUAAUUAUAAAGAACAACAAAAAAAACUGUAUGAUUUAAAUUGACAUGAAAUAGUGUGUUUGCUAUAUUUUGAAGCCUCUUUUUUUUUGGGACCAUGUUAUCGGACGUGUAUUUGUAAUGUGAUGAUAAUGCAUAGAGGGGAAAUAAUCAUAUCGUUGUAUGAAUCAUGAUAUGAUGUGUGUGGCAUGACUAAAGCCAUGCCUUUCAAGAGAGAAUCUGCAGCUGCCUGCUUUCAUUAUAGAUCGACUAUGUCAGAGGGGUCCCCACAAAAGGAUCAUGGUCAUAUUACCCAUGAGUCCCCAAGUGUACAGCAUCUGAUUCGAUGGUACAAGACUAAGCCCCUUAUUGCUUCAUGUUCAAACAGGAUACAGUGGAUUUAUACAAACUGGUGGAUGUGAUGUUUCAAUGUCUAGUCAAUCAUUUCUGACUGUAUUGAUACUGUAGUAUUGUUCUACUGCAUGUUUUCAAUAAUGCUGCGUCGUUUCUGAAGAAGAAUGGGGACGCCAUCGGUACAAAAGUAUUGUGAAAUAUGGACAAAUCGGCAUUGAGGGAGGGAAAGAGUGUUGGGGGGAACUAACUCGCACACCUGUUUGGGGAGAGUUAGCCAGCUCUCUCGACAGGCUUGUGUCACGCUAAGAGGCAGCACUGUCAUUCCUCUUCUGUUGCACUACAGUGACUGGGUUUGGUGCCAAGAGACGUGCAGUGAGGCCUGGGUCAGGACAUCUUUACCAUCUGGUCCCUGAUCACCCAUCCCACAAACAUCCACCCCCCCCCCCCCCCCCCUAAAUAUGUGAUGUACACCAAGACCUGACCCAGAGCCCCCUGUCGCCUGCACUCACCACUGGUGCUCCGGGGACACCGUGAGAGCCGAGAAGUUACCACUAGGAUUCAGUGAAACAAACCUGACUGUUGACUUGUUACGCCCAGUGACCCUUCCCACAAAGACUCUGAGGAGGAGCGAGCAGGGGGCUAGCUGGAUUGGCUCAGCUGUAGCUGUCUGUCGACAGGGGGAGGGUCUUCACUGAGCUUCUUUUCAGUUAAAUCCGCAGCACAAACACACCCAGUGCUUAGGAAGCACUGAGGUGGAGCUGUUCCGUGUGUGUAUGCUUGUCUCUGUGUAUGCGUGUGCAGUUGUAAGUGUGUGUGUGGGGGUGGUGUAUGUUUAUUGGCUCCGCAAAAUGUAGGCAUUCUGCAGCGGAAAAACAGGAGAGCAAGUUUGCCUUUUGCCUAUAACCGUGGGUGGGUGGGCCAGAAGGCUUGUAUAUGUAGCAUCUCUUAGUCAAAGUUACUUUGCCCUGAUGGUGUGGUUUGUCACUUGGGGUACGUCGGGGUGAGAGAGCUUUCGAUUAUAAUCUCAAUCAGCCCCGUGCUGAACCAGGAAAUGGAUCAAAAAAACAACUUGAAUUAUCGAUUACCAUUUAGAUCGAGUUUUGUACUGUAAUGUCUUCAGGGGUGUGCCUGGCCUAUUGUGACAGGCAGAGUGUCCUUAGCAUAUCAUUUCACUAAAGCCCCCCUGACCACGUCGGGUGCUUACAGACAAGAAAAAUAAAUGCCCUGCACAGUAUAACUUUUAUUUUUAAAAACCCAUAAUGCUUAGCUAUUUACAUUUGAAUCGCUUUGUAGGGUUAUUAUAUUGUUAGACCUCUGAGUAGAGAGAGAAAGAGUGAAUGGAGCGAGUGCCCCGAUUGGUUGUUUUUUGAGCUGUGCAGCGAGUCCUGAGUGUGACUCCAAGCAAGCUGUUUACUGCAUGUGUGAAAACGGCUACAACUGUCUUGCCUGGCAGGUGAAAAAGAAACAAACUAUCUGAAUGGUCCUCCUGGCUUUACUUGAUGAAUGAAGAUUUAAAAAACGGUUUGUGGGCUGUUCAUGUGUCUGCUUUGUGUGAAAGAGCUCCGUCUCCCAUAUGUCCCUCACCCUGAAUGAUACACACACUGUAGGUCCACAACUACACUUUUAACAAUGCAAAUCAAUGGUAUACAAACUCUCACCUUAUAUUACAAAAACUUCUAUAUCAAACUAUCAAGUUUGUUCACUUCUUUGGCUUUGACUUUUCUGUGAUGUAAUUAAAAAGAGAUUUGUUGACAUAAAGAUGAAAAAUGUAACAAUUAUGUUCUGUGAAGAGAUGGCAAUCUUAUUGGUUCUUAAUGGAAAGCUACAGCUACUGUAAAUUGUGUACAGUUGCUAUGACCUGCGGUAUUGACCACCUUAAAGGCCCAAAGCAGCUGUUUUUAUACCCGUUUCUAGGUAACAAUUUUGUACCUUACUGUAAUAGAUUUCCAUUAAAAAGGGCAAAAAUAGCUUUAUAGCAAAAAACUAUUUCUCAAGCAAGAAUUUUGCAAGGACUGUCUGGGAAUGGUGGGAGGAGACAACUGAAAACCUGAUGUUAUUGGCAGAGAGGUUUGAAACUUUUUUUGUAAUUGGUAUAUUGAAGCUGCAAUAUGUAACUUUUUGGGCAAUCCAACUCAAUUCACAUAGAAAUGUGAGUUAUAGAUCAGUCUUUCUCAUUUAAAGCAAGUCUACGAAGCGGUAUAUCUGUUCUAUGUGUUCUAUUUCUAUGCUUCCUGGGUCUUUUACUUUUGGUUUUGUACACCAGCUUCAAACAGAUGAAAAUACAAUAUUUCUGCUUAUUGAAAAUAUAUUUUACAGUGGUUUAUAUGGUACAAUGAUUCUCUACACUAUGCAUUGCUUGUUUUUUCACAUACAUUGAUAUGGCAAACUAUUAGAAUUUUUCAACCAGGAAAUGGCACAGCGAUUUCUGCAUCUUGCACCUUUAACCAAUUUACUGCAUGGCGAUGUCACCAUUGAAAGUCGAAAUUCCCGCCCAUGCAAACCUGCUCAUUAGAAGGUCCUGUGUAGAUUGUGUUUUCAACCAGCAACUAUCAAGAAAUAACACUGAUACAUUUUUUUAUAUAUAUACUUUUCCGGUGUUAGUUUUACUAUAUGAUACAAAACACAGGAAAAAUAUAAUUUUGACGGCACUGGGUCUUAAAGUAACCAAAUGUCAUCUAUACGGUUAUUGUAUGCGUUACCAGCAGUGAACAAAUCCUAUUCUUAAGCUGAAAUAUAAUUGGUUUUCUACAUAUAUGCAAAUAACAGUGGUUUGAGUUCUGUGGAAUGGAAGAAAUAAACGGUAUUUAACAUAGUGGUAGUAUAAACGAAUUGGAUACAUGACACUGCAUUUAGACACUAAUGCUUUGUCAAACAAAUCAUACUCCAGACUCCCAAUAUUACAUAGGUGUUUUUGAAUGUUUAGUAUAAGUUGGGAAUAUUGCAGAUUCAUCUUAACAAGUGGAGUUGUCCCUCUGUACUUACUUGUGUUUGGCAGGUAAUUCAUUUAAUUAAUAGAGAUCCAAGAAUGGAUCCUUGUGGAACACCACGUUUGAUCUCAAGAGGGGGGAGUUUAUUCCUUUUAAAGUGACAGGUAUGCAUUCUUCCUUUUCCUUUUAAGAAUGCAGAUAAUGGUCCCCAUGUACUUAUUUGGUUUUAUAUUAUGAAUGUCAUGUUUUACACUCCAUAUUCUUUGUUACGGCACUUGUGGGGACACCUGUGGUAUGCGGUAUGUGUGAAACAUACAGAUACAACACACAGUUUUGCACACUGGUACAAUAUAUUUUGCUUGACAGUGAUCACAGCAUUGUCCCAAUCAUGUUUAAUGUCAUCCUUGGUUUUUAUGAAUUUAUAUCUUUCACUACUUUGCCCCUUUAGGGCCACCACAUUUCACAGUCUGAGCUGUUUAUGAGCCUUAUUUUGUUGUGAUAUUUUUUAAACCAUGUGAGGCAGAGUCUUUGGCAAAACGGUUUAGUUCAUUUGAGGGAGAGCGGUAGAGGUUUUGCUCAGUGCCUGUAUGGUUCACACUAGUUACUGCCACUACUUAUUCUAAAUCUACUAAAACUCUUGGCGCUAGUAUGUGGCCAAACAGUCACUUGUUGAUUAUACUAAUCAAUUACAAAUGAUUGGUCUUGUUGCUUCCUUUGUUAGUGUACAAUAGUCUCUGGUCUAGCCUCAUGCUAUUCUUCCUAUGCUUGGAAGGUUGAUUUUCUAUAGAUUUGAAUGUAGUGGAUUUUUUGCCCGACACAUUUCUGUUAUAAAUUACACCUGUGGUGCUUCAGUCAGCUACUUGUUCAACUGCUUUCACAGAAGACCUAUGCUGCAUAUUAAAACGAGGAACAAACUAGGGCUGUUUGAAAAAGCAGUAUCACACAUGACUUCAGUAUGAAACUGUCCAGGGGGCUAAUGUGUAGGGUGUGUUGCUGUGUCACAAUACUUUAAAAACAUACUUUCCUUAUCCUCUUUCAUGACCACUGACCAGUGAAAGGACUCAAUAGGUUUUCACUAUACUGCUGUGCUCUCAUCUAUCGAGUCCUCGGGUCAGUAGUGGUGAAGAAAAGGAUACCAGGUAAGGUAUUUACAGUAUGUGUAUGACUUGGGAUAUAGUCUUGACUGCUAUGUCUCUUCCCCCUAAACUGUUAUCAACGGUCUCACAUGUUUUAGAGUGCUGAUGUGAUGAAGAUUUUCUGUUCUUUUAAGAUAAAUUAAGAUUAUAGAAAAAAAUCCAACAAGUUCUAUAUCAUUUAUAGGAACACCAAAGAUCCUAUGUAAUGUUGAUGAUGAAAAAAGGCAAAUAAACAAUAAGAAACUUCACAAA